AUUAACAUCAAAAUAUUCAACUUUAUAGGGCUCAUCAAAGUCAUUAUGAACAAAUGGGUCAUUUGAAUGGAAAUCUGAGUCUUGAUGGAAAAACAAUAUCUUUGGAAGACAUCGAUGCGUUCAGGGACCACAGUUUUGGACAUAAACGGGACUGGUCCUUGAUGCACAGAUACAUUUUCCAUAUGUUCUAUCUGUCAAAUGGGGUUAAAAUAUCUAUUGGUGUUGUUAGUCAACCGCUGACAUCAUCUCACUUAGAAAUGGGGUGGGUGAAUCAUCCUGACGGUCGAAUUGAUUCUGUGGAAAGCAUUGAUUUGCUUCUCUAUGAGCAUGGAGAAAAUGAAGUACUUCCUAAAGAACUGUGUUUUACAUUCGUAGCUGGUGGUACUAACUAUGACGUUAAAGUAAAAUACGAACAUGAGGAAAUACAUUUCAAGGGAAACGAUAGCGAUGCUAAACUCUACGAGAGAUUCACAACAUGUGAUGUGAAUGGAAUUUUAGGCAGAGGUAUAUCGGAAUGGCACUAUAAUAAUUGUAAAAAUUAAAAAUUAUUGAAACAUC